UACAACCUUCUAACGUUCAAAUUUUGUUAAAUGAAACACUCAUAACUAGACUUAUUUGAGAGAUCCGAUAACCCGUUGCUCUUAAACACCGAUAAUUUAAUCUUCUUAUGACAGAAAACAAACCACCGCAACUAUGUCAUUGAACAAAAUGUAUUUGUUAAAAGUAUUUGUGUCUCUCCUCGCUCUUGUAAUAAUUGAAGAUAUUAGCGUGAGCUGCAUCCGUCGACUUUACUGUCCCUGCGUAGAAACAACGACAAAGCAUGAAGAUCCGUCCGAAGUUUUAGGGUACUAUUGGAGGGAUUACUCUGGAAAAACGCCCUCUGAUGCAGUAAUCGGCGGUUAUGACUCAUUCGGGCGCGAAACCUACAUCGGCCAGGUUUUCAAAAAAGAUUACGAUCUCCUACCCGCAACGUUUACGUUCGAUUGUACGAGUGGGAUUGCGACAGCGCAUGGUAGAGUUUUAUACGUCGACAAAAAUAUGAAGAUACUGUGCAGCGUCGAACCUGAGCUAAUGAAGUGGGUUCCGAUAAAGGUGGGGGAGUUAGAUAAGUUAUCAGACUGCACUUUGGUCGUCGGAGGUUCAGAGGAUGAACGUCUCCUUCACAUAGGACGCGUAAAGUAUCACGGCGAAACGAUAAUUGGAAAGGUGGUCAGUGGAGGAAGAGGGACUAGGGGACUGUGGAUACCUUACAGUGGGUCAUCCAUACAUUUCACGUCGUAUGAAAUGUUGACUUAUAAUUGUACCAAGUGCCACUAAAUAAUGUAUUACAUAUUAUUUUAAUAAACGCUUUUGUCCACA